AUGAGGGCAAAUCGUGAGGCAAAGAAAAGGGCAAAGUUAAUGGAAAUUGGCGGAUGUGUUGCUAAUGAGAAUGGUGACAUCUUGGAGGAUGAGCUUGCUAGGGGCAGAAGGAAGUCGAAAAAAUGUUAUUGCAAAGCUAGGAUUUAUGGCGGUGUUAAUCGUGAAGGGCUUUGGGUUUUAAUAACGGUCGAGUUGGAGCAUACUCAUACCUUGGACCCCGUUCUGGCUAAGUUAGUUAAAGAAUAUCGUAUGAAGAAGAUGACGCCGUCAGUUCGUAAGAAAUUGCUUAAUUAUUAUGAGGUUGGAGUACCGGUUAGUCAAAUUCGUGGAUGUAUGAGCACAGAGAAUGGAAAUUUGCCUAAUGUUAAGGAUAUGCAACAUGAGGUUUAUAAGGAUAAACGGUCGAAGAUGGCGGGUGGAGAUGCAAAAGCGAUGAUGGCGUUUUUUGACUACAUGCAGGCUGACAAUCUGAAAUUUUUCCAUGCUCAUAGGUUGGAUGAAGAAGGUCGUUUGAAGGAUGUACUUUUGGUUGAUGCUAGGAGUAUAAUAGCGUAUGAAGAUUUUGGAGAUGUUGUAUGUUUUGAUGCGACCUGUCUCACCAAUGAGUACGAUCUCCCAUUUAUUAACUUUGUUGGAGUGAAUCAACAUGGUCAUUCUCUGUUGUUAGGAUGUGCUCUUGUUUCACGCGAAGCCUGUGACACUUUUGCUUGGAUUUAUCGAUAA